CUUGAUUAUCACACACAAGUCCCAUCUGACUAAUCUCACCAAAUUUCAACUCCUUGAGCAACUGUUUGAUCCAAAUUAGCUCACAUGUCGCCAUAGCCAUUACUCGAUAUUCUGCUUCUGCACUAGACCGAGCAACCACAUUCUGUUUCUUACUCUGUACAGACAAGAUGUUUGAUGAAUAAUCCCAUGAGAGUUCAUAAACUGCUGAAAUGGGGAAGACGUACUCUAGGGCAUUAUCACUACGAAAUGUGCGGAUAGAAACCCCAAAUUGGAAGAAAUUUAGGAAGGAAGAAGAAGAUGUACCAAAUCUGUUCCUACAAAAUGGAAGUGCACUGUUGGAAGAGCUUAUUUCUUUUUCUAGUGGAACAUAUGACAUUCCUAUCCGUAGUUACAGUGCUCAACAACUAGUUAAGGCCACAAACAACUUCGCUGGACGUGUCCAUGCUAGCACCUACGGUUACAUCUGUAGAGGAACUCUGCAAGGCCGCUCUAUCUUGGUCAAAAUGUUCAUAAAUAUUCCAGGUAACCCGGCCUCACAUUCCAACUUUGACAUUCUUGCUGGAGCUGUACGUGACAUUGCAGUCACAUCACUAAUGAGCAGAAAUAAGAAUGUUUUAAAGAUUAUAGGUUGUUGUUUGGAAUUCAGAUAUCCAGCACUAGUGUAUGAGGAUGCCAGAUUCGAGAUUCUCGCUAAUUUCCUUGACCCCAAUUGCGAUAAAUUGUUAAGUUGGAAAAGUAGAUUGAAGAUUGCCAAAAGCAUUGCCAGUGCAAUUCUUUAUCUACACACUGCAUUUCCAACUCCCAUUAUCUACAGGAUCUUGAACCCCCAUAACAUUAUCUUGGACCAUCAUUGUGUUCCCAAACUGUUUGAUUUCUCAUUUGUUAUUUCUCUUCCUCCUGGAGAGUUGCAAGUGGAAGAUGACUUGAUUUGGAUUCCUGGCUAUUUCGAUCCAGAGUACCAAUCUUCAAGGGCCAAUGAAGAUGAUCCAGAACACAUUGUGAAUUAUGUAAAUGACCAUAUUCACAAGGACGAUCAAUUCAAGCAGAUUGUGGACCCUAAAAUCUUGAACGAAUCGAAUGUAAAUCAUCAACAGCUACAAGCUUUCAUUAAUAUCGCUUUAAGAUGUGUCCAGGCUAAGGGAGAAAAUAGACCAGAUAUGCUCGAUAUUGCAAGAAAGAUCCUGCAAUUUGAGUAAUGUGUGUACAACUGAUUCAUAGGCUCUAGAAAGAUUUCUUCUUGAAUCUAUGGUUAUGCAGUGUUACAAUUUAGAAUGUCGUAU